AAACUCCAGCCUCUUCCUCCCUCCAUCUGGCAGUGCGUACGGGAGAGAGAGGAGAGCGAGAGAGAGAGUGAGAGUGAGAGAGAGAGGACGGUGCGUGUGCGUCCACAGGGUUUCGAAUCACAGGCAGCUCCAGCAUCCCUCUCUCAGACAGAGUCUGUCGUCACGGGCGACAGGAGGUGUCUCAUCCGCUGUAGAGACGGAGCGUCGGCAGCCGGUGGUCGCCGCAGCAACAAGAGCAUCCAAGGAGUUCCUGGACUGUGGCUGGAAAGGCUGCCUGCUCGGCUAGGGGCUCGGAGAGGGAACGCGGGGCCAAUCUCCUCCCUCGCACCUCCUCUGCUGCUUCACUUUGUCAGUGAAGGACAGCUGUGGGCGAGCGUGAAUGAAUGGAUAGGGCUAGAGAUAAAAGAGUGGAAUCGUUGGGUUUGUGUGCGUGGCAAAGUGUGAGAGAGAAAUGAGUGUGUGAGCUGGUAUGUUUCUGUAUGAUGGUGAGUGACGCGGCUACUGAACGCACAGGAUGAUCUAAGCUCAGCCGAGCUGUAAACUGUUUCCCUUCAGCUCUGUUGGGAAAAGAGAAGAAGCAAACCAGCACAUUGUUUCUACUUCUGACCAGAGAAGAGGUGUCGCGUGAUAUUUUCUAGUGCCACUUAUUGGCAGCAACGAUUUUGGAGGGUCAAGUUCUGCUCUUUUAUUUUCUUCCCUUAUUCCCCGGAGCAAGAGACGUGGAAUUUACCUCCUCAUGACUUUUGAAGAACGCACAGCUGUUAUGAAGUGGUACCUUUUGGAUUUCACACAUCUUUAAAGGGAACUAGAUUGAGAUGCCAUUCCUGUCAACCAUUGCUGCAGAAUUUGUAAAGAAAUGACCAGAAGUAAAGCCUUCGGUUUAGAAGUCAAGGAUGUGCCAUUUAAUCUGACUUAAUUCCCUGCAAGGAAUGCACCACAACACAUUUGCUGGGAAGAGGAAAGCUGGAGUAUUUGGACACCUUUUGGUCACAUUUGGGUUUUGACUUUUAGUUCAGAAAAACAUUGACCCAAAACGUCUCCGAUUUUAAAAAGAGGUGUUCUUGAUCAGUAUUCAAAAACUGAAUGUAUUGCAAUGUUGGGAGUUUUCUUUUUCCACCUUGGUUGGAUUUUACGAUAGCUCAGAAUGGACCCUCUCUCAGCAUGAGGAUCUGUCUCUCUAUUGCACCAUGCACAAAUGAAUGCAAUCCUCCACAUGUCUACAUGGAAGAGAUUUCUGCUUCAUAGACAACAGCUUUCAAUUCCAGAUUACCCCUAAGGACCCAUACUGCCCAACACAUAUUUCCCAGAUACAAUGAAAUGAACCACCGCAUUGUGCGCAUUCCAUUUAUUUUCCCCGGAGUUUGGUGUAUGUUUCUUGGAUAUAACAGCCUAACCGUCCUUCAAUGAUUCCAGCACCUUCCGUUUCAACCACAUCCCUGAGAUGCCCCGCGGUACACAGCAAGAGGAGGCUUGACCCCAGACCCAGCGAGGUCUCUCGGCUGCCCAGGCGUUUUUAAGAUGUUGAACCCUCCCUGCACGGCCCGAGCCCCAGAUCGGAUCAGUAGCACUGCGGCUCCAGGUGGCCCCAGACAUGGAUCGUGGCUCGGCUUGCCCCUGCCCUCAGCGCUCCGCAACCCGGCCCGUGAGCAGCCUGUGAAGGAUGUCCCAGAGCGGAGCUCCGGCCCGGGAACCCUCUGAGACCCCCAGUCAGAGAGAACAGAUCCGCAGCCACAUGAAGAUGGUGAUCGUGCAGUUGGAAGGAAUUCUCAAAGAGCUGAAAGAUGUGGCGCACGAACUGCGGGAGGUGGUGGGUCAGAUUGACAAACUCACAUCGGAUCUCGACUUUGAUCUGGAUCCGGAUGAUUGGACGGUUGCUACAGCGAGCAGCACUUCCAGUAGUGAGCGUGGUCUGGGGGAGGCCUUCAGGUUGGACUUCCUCAGCCAGGACAUGCUCUCUGACAGCUGGGAAUUCUGCAACUUCCUGGAGGUCUCUAACACUGCAAAUCGGAAAGCACACAGGGACGAGGUGGACGAAAGCCGAGAAAGACCUUCGUCAACCCCGCCUAUGCCUGCCACCGCCAGCGUCUAUUCACAGAUGAACGGGGGUCUCCCCGUCCCUAACGGACCAUUAAUCAUCACCCCGGAUUCUUCCAGCGAAGAAGCAUCCAGCUCGACGUACAGUCAAAAAACCUCUCGAACCUCGGGGACGAGAGAGAGGGUCCGCUUCAGUGACAAGAUCCUCUACCACGCAUUGUGCUGUGACGACGACGAAGAUGAGGAAGAGGACGGCAGGGAGGACGAAGAUAAAGGGGACUGCGGGACCCCGGACACGGACAGUGAACCCAGCCCUUUGGCUUGUUCACCCACGCCCCCUCUGUCCUCCUCCGAUCACCCGUCUGGCCUUUAUAACUGUCGAGAAACGGCUUCCGCUGGGCCCUCACCUGUAAAGGUCGCAGUUGUGGGGUCUCACACAUUACCCAGGAAAGGUCUUCUUUACCCAGGCUGCCGGAAAAAACUGCUGCGAAACAGCAGCACGCAAACAGUAUCGGAUAAAAGCACUCAAACUGUAUUGCCCUACAUCCCCGCCAAACAGAAAACCAAGGACCUCUGAGAUAACGCCCAACUUUAAAUAUAAAAAAAAGAAUAAACUGAGGAAAUAUUACAAAGAACUCUAUACUAUUUAAUAUGAAAUACAUAGAUAAUAGAUUAAAAACAAAAAAACAAUAAAUAAAUUACUAAAUAAAUUAUAUAUGGGAAAAUUUCAA